GAGGGACAAUAGUGUGAGUGAUGAUUGGAAAGAGCAUGGCCUAGAGAGAGUCAUAAAAAGCUCUCUGGUAUGUUCGUUCAUCUUCUUCGUCUAGUCAUCUCUGUUACCAGCUAUCUGUUAGUUUCCGACGCUCCGAACCGACGCUCAGAAGCAUGGCGGCAUGGACAACUGUGUCUCGCCAAGCCUUGAAUCUUGGUCGUCUCUCUUCUCCCAGAUCGGCUUCUCUUGUUCACCGGCGCGGUUUGGCUGGUGGCGGCGAUCACCAUGGAACUCCGAAGGUGAAUUUUUGGCAGGACCCAAUGCAUCCGUCUAAGUGGAAAGAAGAACACUUUGCCAUUGUUUCUUUAACUGGAUGCGGCUUACUCUGCUAUGGUGGAUACAAGUAUUUUACCGGAGGCAAUGACAAGAAGGAAGAGAAAGCUGGAGAACCGUCACACAAAGCCUGAAGUUGUUAUCACAUCUGGAAAUAGUUUAUUUGUUAGGCGCCAACUCUCAGGAUUGUGAUAUUUCUGUAUUGUGACGCCACUUUGUGUGGCAGCUUCUGUUGUACGUGACGCUAAAGUAACAAGAGUGUGUUUGGGUGAGAACAAAAUCAUGAUUUUGAAAAC